AGAAACUGAAGUGCAGCUGAGCUGUUGUGUGUUUGUGUCUCUGUAUUUAAGCAGUAAAAUGGCAGAAGCCAGAUUUUCUCAGGAUGAGCUUUCAUGUCCAGUGUGUCUGGAUCUCCUGAAGGAUCCAGUGACCAUCCAGUGUGGACACAGUUACUGUAAGAGCUGUAUUACAGGAUGCUGGGAUCAGGAGGAUCAGAAGAGAGUCUACAGCUGUCCUCAGUGCAGACAGACCUUCAGUCCAAGACCUGCUUUAGCUAGAAACACCAUGCUGGCUGAACUGUUGGAGAAACUGAAGAAGACCAGACUCUCGUCUGACUGUUACGCUGGAGAUGGAGAUGUGCAGUGUGACGUCUGUACUGGAGGAAAAUGCAAAGCCGUCAAGUCCUGUCUGAUGUGUCUGAACUCUUACUGUCUGAAUCACCUCGAACAACAUGAGAGUUUGUUUAAAGGAAAGAGACACAAUUUGACUGAAGCCACUGGACGACUGCAGGAGAUGAUCUGCCAGAAACAUGAGAAGCUUCUUGAGGUUUUCUGUCGCACUGACCAGAAAUGUAUUUGUGUGCUGUGUACGAUGGAUGAACAUAAAAACCACGACACUGUAUCAGCUGCAACACAGAGGACAGAGAAACAGAAGCAGCUGAUGGAGACACAGAAGACGCUCCAGCAGAGAAUCCAGCAGAGAGAGAAAGAUCUCCAGCAGCUGAGAGAGACUGUGGAGUCUCAUAAGCGCUCUGCACAGACAGCAGUGGAGGACAGUGAGAAGAUCUUUACUGAGCUCAUCCGCUCCAUUGAGAGAAGACGCUCUGAGCUGAUACGACUGAUCAGAGAUCAGGAAAAGACUGCAGUGAGUCGAGCUGAAGAACGACUGGAGCGACUGGAGAAGGAGAUCAAUGAUCUGAGGAGGAGAGACGCUGAGCUGGAGAAGCUUUCACACACACAGGAUCACAUCCAGUUCCUGCAGAGUUUCCAGUCUCUCUCAGCACCUCCUGAAUCUACAGACAUAAAUGAUGAUCUCUUCAUUUCUCUCGUCUCUUUUGAUGGUCUGAGAGAAUCUGUCCAACAGCUGAGAGACAAACUGGAGGAUUCCUGCAAAGAGGAGCUCAAGAAGAUCUCAGACAGAGUCACAUCCACCAACAUUGUUCCCAGAACCAGGAAGGACUUCCUGAAAUAUUCCCAUCAGCUCACUCUGGAUCUGAACACAGUGAAUAAACACCUCCGUCUGUCUGAGAACAACAGAGUGAUUACUAACACUAACACAGUCCAGUCGUAUCCUGAUCAUCCAGACAGAUUUGAUGAAACAUGGCAGGUGUUGUGUAGAGAGAGUGUGUGUGGACGCUGUUACUGGGAGCUGGAGUGGAGUGGGGGACAAGUGUGUAUAUCAGUGUCAUAUAAGAGCAUCAGCAGGAAGGGAGGGGGUGAUGAGUGUUGGUUUGGAUCUAAUGAUCAGUCCUGGAGUUUGUACUGCUAUUCCUCCAGUUACUUAUUCAGGCACAAUAACAUACACAAAGUUCUCCCUGUAAAGUCCGUCAGCAGUAGAAUAGGAGUGUUUGUGGAUCACAGUGCAGGAGCUCUGUCCUUCUACAGCGUCUCUGACACAAUGAACCUCAUCCACACAGUCCAGACCAUAUUCACUCAGACGCUCUAUCCUGGGUUUAGGGUUUGGCUUGGAUCAGUGAAACUGUGUUGAUGAAUCAGAAUAGAUUGACAAGAGAUUCUACCCAUAAUGCUUUGAGCUGAAUGAUGAAUCAGUAACAGAGAUGUUAUAGAGUCUCUCCUCUUCAUUACAUUAAUACUGCAGCUGAACUUCUGUCACUGAAAUAACGUCAGAAUAAAUGUCUGUAAAAUCC